AUGAAUACAAAUGUAUGCAUCUUGGAUCCGGUAAAUAAUCAUAUAAUGAAGAGGUCUGUCCAAGCGUUUUCAACUCUGCAGCAGCGGUUCAGUGAUGGUUUCAACCAUCAAUUUUCUGAAGAGCAACUGCAAAAUUGUCGGACAUCCAGUCCCUAUCCAGAUCGUGGCAAUGAAUUGAGAAGAAACGAGAUUGAGAAAAACUUCCAGCAGCAAACAAAUCUGGAGUGGCGAAAACAGUUAUAUGACUUUGGCUCUGACAUGGGAGGCCGGCUAUUUGGUGGUUCUGCUUUCAAGGAGUGCGUGAAUGAGGAGAUACUAUCACAUCAAUUGCAAUACCUUAACCAGCAACAAAUAAUUGAUGCUCGUGCACUUUAUGAAGCAUCUUCCUUUCCACCCAUUCCUAGGACAACGGCGGCUUUUGGGGUUUCAUCUGGUUUUUACGACUUGAAUUCAUCUUACCCUUGGUUUGAUUACUCAAUGGCAUCCACUGCUGCCUGUAGCACAGUCCGAGUCAGUAACAUCGAAAGUUCUCUCCACUUUCAGGAACCUCAAAAUGACACCCAUGGGGCUGUCUCUACAUUAGUUGCUUGUGAUGGCAAGAACAUGUUUUCCUCAGUGAAUCUAAAUAAUUUUCCUGGUGAGGUUUCUCCUUCGCCCGAGCAGAUCUCAUCUAUCAUGGCAUGUUCUGAUGAGGACUGGCAUUCUUAUAAGGAUCAUUUGGAGGGUGGGCAAGCUUUUUCUCUCAGUAGUUUGCAGGGAUCCGAGUCAACAUCAGGAAACAAUAUUUUGCAGCAUCAUAUUAAUCAGGAUGAAUCAAAUCUGAUGAAAUGCGGGGGACUUGUAGAGAACAAUCUAAAUGUUUAUCAUGCGAAUGCUCCAUCUUUUUUAGGGAAGAAUUCAAAGCUAGUUAAAUACAAUGCUUGGAUCCCAGAACAGGUCCCACUGAGGACUCCAGAAGAUGCUAAUGAUCUUUCUGGUAUGAUUGUUAGUGAACCAGAAUCAAGCCAUGUGGAGUUAUUCCAGUUUGAAGCUCAGAUGCUGGAACCAAAGCGGAGUCAUCAGCGGCCUUAUCCUCAUUUUCAACAUUUUGAUGAGUCGUCCAAGGCCCAGACAAAUGGAUGCACCGUAGAAUUUAAAAAGUGUUAUAAUCGAACAGCAGGAAAAUGGUCACUGAAAUUACCCCAGCCGCUUGUAGAUCAAUCCUGUGCAGUUCAGAGAGAAUUGUGGGAUGUUCAACCUGCCAAACCUUCUGAUUCAAUACUGUCUUUGCACAAUAUUCUUUUCUCAUAUAUUACGUACAAAAGUAUGCCCAUGAAUGCAGAGAAUAGGCAGGACUUUGUGGAUUAUAUGCAUUUGACAGUGUGCAAUGACCAAAGAUGUGCAUGUGACAAGUACCGAAUUUUGAUAUCCCAUUUUGAUACCUGUCACUAUACUGGUUGUAGCAUAUGCAAGCCUGUUCGUGAGUUAGGACAUGUUGACAGAAUUUACUUAGGAUCUGGAAAGGCGAAAAGAGAUCUCCAAUCUAUAGAUUCUGAUAGUAUAGGUUCCUAUAUUAUUGAAGAUCCUCAACCCUCUCCUAAACGUUUGAGGAUGGAGAAUGUUGUUGCAUCUGAUGGUUGGCCUAUGGGUGCAGUUCCUCUUCCGGUGAAACAACCCUUUGAUACUAAAAAAUAUCCACAGCGGUUUGGAAUUCCUGUACAUAACAGGGAAGAUGCAAUGGAGGUGAACAAGGAAUUUUUAAGCUUCAUGGAAGAAGACACCAUACAAACUGGUGUGACUAGGAACUAUAUUUCAGAUAGCAAUGGAGAAUGUGCAAAUUGUUCCUUCAGAAAAACUGAAGGACAUUUGAAGUUGGGACAGCCAUCUGAAGCUCCUAUAUAUAAUAAUGACUCGGAUGAGACGAGCAAGGAAGUGUUUAGGUUCACAAGAAAUUCCAGGAUGAGGGGAAAUGAUGCUGCAGACAAUAAAUUGCAGGGUAAUGGCUAUGCUUCCAGUCUACCUGAAGAGCUCAUUGUGGGUUGUGAACAGCGGGAGAUGUACUUUGAAUGCACUGGCAAUGCCAACUCUUUUGGGACCUUUAAUGCACAAAUUUUGAAUUCUGAAAGCAUGCCUGCUCUUUCCGAAGAGCAGAUUGUUGGUCGACAAGGAAAGGAGAUCAAACCCAUGUCUAAAGCUGAGCAUGUCAGACUAGGUGCAAACUGUGUAUCAGAUGAAACUGCAGUUCAUUAUCAACUGGGAAUAGAAUUGAAGGAUUCAAAAGGAUUAGGCAUUUCUUUAACUGAUUUUUUCACAGAAGAGCAAAUAAAAGAACACUUGCAUAGUUUCAAUCAUUGCAGAAGCCAGAAUGUUAUGGAGGAAUCAACGGAAAACACAGAUGUGCAUUCUCUUGGUGAAAAUACGUGCCAGUUAUGUGCCAUAGAUAGGCUUGUGUUCACUCCAUCACCUAUCUAUUGCUCAUCUUGUGGGGCUCGUAUCAAACAUAAGCUGACUUAUUAUUGGACAGAGGAUGAAACGGGUGCAGGGUACUGUUUUUGUGCAUUGUGCUUCAGGAGGUCUCGUGGUGGUAGUAUCUCAUUUAGGGGGAUGACUUUUUCCAAAGAAAAGCUGCAUAAGGACAAAAAUGAUGAAGAAGUUGAAGAAUCGUGGGUACAAUGCGAUAAGUGCCAACGUUGGCAGCAUGAGAUAUGUGCUCUCUUUAAUCCUAAACGAGAUUUGGAAGGGAAAGGAAAGUACAUUUGUCCAUUUUGCCGCUUAGCUGAGAUAGCAGCUAAAGAACAUGUGUCCACUCCUGCUGCAUUCGGGGCAAAAGAUCUUCCAAGAACCAUGCUUAGUGAUCAUAUAGAAGAGAGACUCUUCAGAAGUCUUAAGAGAGAAAGAGAAGAGCGAGCAAAAUUGUAUGGGAAGUCACUAAUUGAGGUACCUGAAGCAACAGAUCUUGUAGUUCGAGUGGUAUUAGCUGUUAACAAACAAUUAAAAGUGUCGCAGAAGUUUUUAGAUAUUCUCCAUGGUGAAAAUUAUCCAACAGAGUUUCCAUAUAGAUCCAAGGUGAUCCUUUUGUUUCAAAAAAUUGAAGGUGUGGAUGUCUGUAUCUUUGGAAUGUACGUCCAAGAGUUUGGUUCAGAAUGUAGGCAACCGAAUCAACGUUGCAUCUAUAUUUCAUAUCUUGAUUCAGUUAAGUAUUUUAGACCUGAAAUCGAAACUGUUAAUGGAGAGGCUGUACGUACCUUUGUAUACCACGAAAUAUUGAUAGGAUACCUUGAUUACAGCAAGCAACGUGGUUUUACGACCUGCUACAUAUGGGCUUGCCCACCUAUAAAAGGGGAAGAUUAUAUUUUAUACUGUCACCCAGAGGUGCAGAAAACACCAAAGACUGAUAAGCUGCGUCACUGGUACAAGAAGAUGCUUAGGAAAGCAAUAGAAGAUAAUAUUGUGGUGGAUUAUACUAACUUAUAUGAUCACUUCUUUGUUCGGAAUGGAAAUUGCAACAUCAAGAUAACAGCAGCUGGUUUACCUUAUUUUGAUGGAGACUACUGGUCGGGUGCCGCUGAGGAUGUGAUUCGGAGUAUUGAGAAAGAAAGUGGAGGAUUUGGCAGGAAGGUGAAGAAGGUAGUUACAAAAAGAACUUUUAAAGCAAUGGGACAUAGUGACCUUUCGGCUGAUGCAACAAAGGAUAUUCUAGUGAUGCAAAAGCUGGGGCAGAGCAUCCUACCCAAGAAGGAAGACUUUAUCAUUGUCCGCUUGCAGUUCACUUGCAUAAACUGCCAUGAAGUGAUACUAUCUGGAAGCCGUUGGUCUUGUAACCAAUGCAACAACUUUCAUCUAUGUGUCAGAUGCCUCGAACCAAAGCAAAUCUCUGACAAAAUAAAAGCUCACUCUGGCAUCAAUGGGGAAAAACAUCCACUGUGUCAGAUUGCGGUGACUGAUGUAGCUGCUGAUACCGAGGACAAAGAUGUCAUUCUAGACAACAAUUUCUUUGAGCAAAGACACUCUUUCUUGAGCUUUUGCCAGGCAAAUCACUAUCAGUUUGAUACACUCCGCCGUGCCAAGCACUCAUCCAUGAUGAUACUGUAUCAUCUGAACAAAAUGACGGAACAAACCAAGGGGAUUUCCUGCAACAUUUGUCAAAAGGAUAUCAUGGUGCAAUGGCAUUGCAAGAUUUGUCCUGAAUUUGAUGUUUGCGCUGCAUGCUAUCAAAGAGAAGGUGGCCGUUGUCACAUUCAUGAGUUGAUUCAGCAUUUAUCCAAUGCUGAUUGUGAAACAAAGAUUAAACAGACUCAGCACAGGAAAGUAAUGGAGAAAAGGGAACUGCUGAAUCUUCUAGUGCAUGCCAAUUCGUGCAGAGAGACGCAAGACCACCCCUGCUCCCAUCCCAAUUGCGGUAGUGUUAAAAAGUUUUUUCUCCACUCACGCAACUGCGAAGUUCGAUUUUCUGGUGGCUGUAAACAUUGCAAGAAAAUCUGGUUUUUGCUGUGUUUGCACUCGAAUAACUGCAGAGAAUUCAAUUGCAGUAUGCCGCGUUGCAUGGAAUUGAAGAAAUAUAGAGAAAUGCAUGCAACAGCCUGCGAUUCCCGGAAGGACAGCACUUACAAUGAGGCCUCUAUACUUGGUUGUACAAUAGCAAACUGCUAA